AUGAAAAGAACUCCAAACAGAACUUCCCCACCUAACCCUCCAACCCAAAUCCAAUUACCUCUGCACAGACCCGAACACAAACCGCCCAAACCCAUCAGAACCGGAAACCCGAAAACCCGACCCGUCACCACCACAUCCGACGUCUUACGCCUGAUGGACAGCCUCCGAUUGCCCGUACCGCUCGACAUCUACGUCUUGCUCGUCGAAGAAUGCUCAGAAUCCGGCGACCCUUCAAAAGCCGUCGAGCUUCACGAUCACGUCAGAAGAAGCAGGCUCCGUUUGGGCAUAGGCAUGCUCAACCGAAUCAUGCUAAUGCACGUCUCGUGCGGGUCCCUCUCGCACGCGCGCCAGGUGUUUGACCAAAUGCUCGUUACAGAUUUCAACUCGUGGGCAGUUGUUAUCGCGGGCUGUGUCGAGAAUGGGGAGUAUGAUGAAGCCAUAGAGCUGUUUGUGAAGAUGCUCCGCGAAAAGGGAUUUAAAAAUGUCGAUGAUAAAAGCCAGAUGUGUUUUUCGGUUUCGGGGAUUCUUGUUUGUGUCCUCAGAGCUUGUCUGCAAACUAUGAAAUUUGAACUUGGGGUACAGGUGCACGGCUGGUUGUGCAAAAUGGGUUUCUCAAGAAGUGUUGCUUUGAGUAGUUUUCUGAUCAGUUAUUAUGGGAGGGCGAAGUUUCUCGAAGGGGCAGAGAGAGUUUUCGAGCAGGAACGUUUUAAGAAUACAGCUGUGUGGACGUCUAGGAUUGUGAACUUUUGUAAUGAUGAUAAGUUUGAGGAAGCUAUUUGUGUCUUUAAGGAUAUGGGGCGGGAAGGAGUGAGGAAAAACGGGUACACAUUUUCAGCUGUUCUUAAGGCUUGCAGGAAAACAGGAGAAAUUGUGGUGUUGUGCUGUGAUGCAACGAAUUUGAAUCUUGCUCAAAAUGGGCUCUGCCUCGAGGUUGUUCUAAAGUACAAACCUUUUCAUGUUCCGGGCCAGAAAAAGGAUACCAAAUUGACGUGGACUCAAAAUGUCGAGUUGAUUGUAGAUGAUUUUUUCCAUCGUGGGAAGAACGUCGUUAAGAGGACAUCAUGGACGGACAUGGACCCCAGCCAGGGACUCUUGACAGUUGACUGGCUGGUGCACUAUUUGGUGGCCGACCAAGGUUAUUCUUUUCUUCUUUAUAGAGACUGGGCGGUCUUUGUAUCUGACGCUCUUGCCUGA